CGCCCCUAGCUCAGCCAUCUCCAUGGUGACCGCUAACGGUUAUCCGUUUGGCCGCGCAGGCAGGAGUUGCGUCAUUGCCCAUGCGCCGGAAGCGCUGGUCCUUGCCCGGCGCGACCUGAUGAUGCCGAGCCUAGGCCGGUUCCGGCCAAGUUAGACUGUCGGAGCUGGUCUCGGGCUGCCGGGGCGUCACCCCGUCGGCGACCCCCGCUGACCAUGGCAGUGUUUCAUGACGAGGUGGAAAUCGAGGACUUCCAAUAUGACGAGGACUCGGAGACGUAUUUCUAUCCCUGCCCAUGUGGAGAUAACUUCUCCAUCACCAAGGAAGAUUUGGAGAAUGGGGAAGACGUUGCAACGUGUCCUAGCUGCUCUCUCAUUAUAAAAGUGAUUUAUGACAAAGAUCAGUUUGUGUGUGGAGAAACAGUCCCAGCCCCUUCAGCCAACAAAGAAUUAGUUAAAUGCUGAAGAAGCCUUCAGGAAUCCAAAUCCUGAACAGUUGGAAAUGAGCCCAGAUAGAAAUAUCAAAUGCAGAGCUACUGGCUUCACUGAGACAACCAUUUGUGAUUUGCUGUUCUGUGAGAGUGUGGAUUCUUUCCAUCAACUGCUGAUCUCAUCUUCAGGAAGCAAGUCCAUAACAUGACAUAUCUGGAUUUUGUGCUAAGAACCUUAAAUUGGAAGCAUUCUUAAUUAUCCAUCUAAAUUUAAAAGAAGAUAAUUUCAAAACAGUGCUUUCUUUCCCUUGGUUUCAUCAUUUUCAUAUUUUAAACCAAAUUCCUUCAGUAUCUGAUAACAGCAUCAUCUACCUCAGUCAUUAGGAUUUCUUAAUAAAAAAGAGAUUGUAUUUUUGACUUGGUUAUUAAGAUAAUUAAAAUUAGCCCUUCAUUUGAAAUUUGACAUCAGCUUUGCUGUUCUAAAUUUAAAAUUAGUUGCUUCAUCAGUACCACACUUCCAGUUUCUAUACCAAGCCAGUCUCCUCAGUUUUCCCAUUAGGAUGGACAUGUUCUGUUCAGCAUGUCAUUUCUAUAAUGCUUCAUGCAGAGAAUUCGGUCAUAGUAUUAAAGAGAAGAUACAGUGAGGUCACAAUGUCUCCAGAGCUAAAAGUUAGUGAACAAGAAAGUAAGUCUAAAUUGAUGAAAGAAUGAGGAGUUUUCUUAUCUUCUGCAUAUUCCUUGGAAGUCAGGACAGGAUGAAAAACAUCCAAAAGAAGUGAAAUUGGUGACAGAAUGAGAGGAGCAGAGCAUUCCAGUGUAGUAAAUGAAAUGUUUGAAUGACUUUGCCAGAUCAGAGCAAGUAAUAUUUCUGUAUCUGAAUUUUUGUUUUUUGAUAAGGCGAAUGCAAUUGCAUUCCAGAUAGGGGUUAAUGUCAGAUUUCCGUGGCUGGAAGCUGUGCUUUUGGCAUAUCACAGUGUUGUGUCAGUACUACAAGGUAAAGCAUCUACAACAGAGAAUGAGCUUGAAAAUGAAGGAUCUAUUGUGAAUAAAUAUGCCCAUGAGAGCAUAUUUAAUAAGCCUCUAUAACAUGCAGCCAAACCAGACAUUCACUCCUGCAGAGAAAUGUUGCCCUGAAGAAAAAGAAAUAUAUAGAUAGGCUAUCAUUCUUCCUUUGCUGCAGUACUAAGAAUAGCAAGAAAUUAGAAUCAUUUACAUUGGAAAUUUGAAAAUUCCCUUUAUAUACACAACUUUACUGUGUAUAAAUAAAAAAUGUUAAUGCACUGAUGUCUGUCAGGUUGUUUUAGGAAUGGCUCCUGCAAUUAGAAAAAUAGCUUGCUAGAAUGUAAAUGUUGUGUUACUUAUUGGUAAGUGUACUGUACACAUUCAUUGGAGGUUAAAACAAGUGAGUAGCCAUUUUUACCUGCCAGCAGCAUGGCUCUGUGCAGCCACUAGGCUGAGACAAUAAAUUACCAAAAAUUGUAUGCUGAAAGUGCUCGGUACAUUAUGUGGCAUAUUCUGGAUGUGAUGAGAAAUCUCAUUGCUGUUUGGGACACUGACAUCCCAGAAGCAAUCCACAACUGCUUUGCAAAAGCAAAGUGACUGCUCAGAUGAACAGAGCAGAGUACUCACUUACUAUGGUGGGAUCAGCUGCAAAGCAAAAUGAACUGUCCCACAGUCAUGUUGAUGGUUUUCUAGAUAUUGCCAACAUGUUAGCUCUUUCUGAUGCUGAUGAAUUUCAAACAUGAACAGACACCCUUGAUGUGGGUUUGUUAAGAACAUAGAAGAACAGGAAAAGUUGCCAGGUUCACACAUCCCAGGAAAAAAGCAUGAAAAGCAUUAGCAAUCAGUGACUGAUGAUAAUGCUGCAGUAAUGGGAAUGGUUUUAUUUCUAAAUGAGAUUAUUUCUAAAUAAAAUCAUUUAUUGGUUUGUUUCUAAAGCAAUUGAGUCACUAAGUUUGUGAACUAUAAAGGAACACAUCAAGAUUGAAUCCUGUGUUAAGCAGAAAGUAAAACCAGAGCCAGGCACAGUGGCUCGUGCCUGUAAUCCCAGCUAUUCAGGAAGCUGAGACAGGAGGAUCGUGUGAGGCCAAGAGUUCAGGACUAGCCUGGGCAACAUAGAGAGACCCUGCCUCUAAAAAAUUUUCUUUUAAUUAGCAAGGUAUGGGGCCAUGAGCAAAUUGCUUGGGCCCAGGAGUUUGAGGCUGUGGUGAGUUGUGAUCACACCACUGCGUUCCAGCCUAUCUGACAGGGCAAGACCUCCUCUCUAAAAAAUAAAGAGAAAGCAGAGUAAAACUGGACUGUGAGAUAUGACUAAAGUUCUGUGUGAUACGUGUGCCUUAUUUAGCUCAAGACAUUUCUAGAGCACAUAUAAAAACUGACUUGUCAUCCAGGCUGUGUCUCUUUUUAGCUUUGUAAUCUUUGGCAAGGCCAUUGGAUUCUUCAGCUGUACAAUUAGGAGACUUGAUCAGGUGAUUUCCUUUCUCAGCUGUCAGUUCUUUAAUUUCAGGCUUGGUAGCUUGUGGGAACUGAAAAGGCAAUUAAAACCUUUAUAAACGCAAACUAAAUCAUGAAUUACAGAAAAAGUCCAUUGUUCCAUAACUUGGCGUUACCACACUUAUGAGUUUAAAAAUUACGAAGUCGACUGUUGAAAGGAUUCUGCGUAUAUUCUAUUGUGCACAUUCAGAAACAUUUUUCUUGGAAAAAGCACCCAACAUUUUUUAUAACUGCACAUAUUAAUUUAUUGCCAGAAUAAAUUGCAUUGCAUGCUAAAUAAAGUCAGAUAAUUCAAAUCCA